CUUGGAGACCUCCGAGCCCCGCUUUUUGCGCUGGGCGUCGGCAGGAAGUGCUGCUUGAUACGGGUUUGCGAAUUCUUGUAUCUACAUCGUAUGGACAAGAAAAAUGUGACGGCUGUUGUCUCCCGCAACUGUUUGGAUGACCAUGAGUGGCUCAUGGCGCAUUGCGUGCAAGCUAUGCCGGACCGCAAAGUGCGGUGCGAUGGAGAAACAGCCUGCGUGCGACAGGUGCUGCCGUGCUGGGGAGAGUUGCGUCUAUAGCCAGACUCAGAGGCCGACAAAAGCCAAUUUGCUGCAGACAAUAACGGGUUUGCAGGAUCGAGUAGGUCAGUGUUAUGUGGUAUCCUCUUUUUCGCACCUGGUCCCGCUGGGACGCUUUAGCAGCACGGCAUCGAUGUUUUAGCUAGCCUCCCUGGAGCGUAACGGAAUUUAUGGGAGUCGCUUUUUCCUCAAUCUCAACGUCACCACCAAUACGCAGUUUCAGAUUGGCAACCCUG